UUUUUUUUUUUUCAUUUCUACUAAUUGUUGAAUAAUUAAGAACUAAAAAUGUCAUCCAAAGUGCAAAAGAUUAUGGUUCAACCCAUUAAUCUGAUUUUCAGAUACCUUCAAAACAAAUCCAGAGUUCAGAUCUGGUUAUUCGAUAAGACUGAUAUGAGAAUUGAAGGACAAAUUAUUGGUUUUGAUGAGUUUAUGAACUUGGUGCUUGAAGACGGUGAAGAGUUUGAUACCAAGAACAAUACAAGAGUCAAAAUUGGUCGACUCAUGUUGAAGGGAGAUAACAUUACUUUAAUACAAGGUGUUGACAAUUAAGGCUCACCCCCCCCCCAACCCCCUUUUUUUUUAACCAAAAAAAUAUUUUAUCCCCUUUUUUUCUUUUUUACAAAAUAAAGAAAGAGAAAGAAGCACAUAUUACAGCGAGUUAUAUCUUUUUGAAGGGGCUCCUAUGUCAUAUCUAG